UGUUCAGUGUCGAACUUGCUGCUGAUCGAGACCCGUCUCUCAGAAACUUCUCCGAACAAAAAUAUUUCGUCUUCAAUCACAGACACACACACACUCACACACACGAAAUCCCGACGAAAUCGAUCUCUAUGUGUUUCUCUAUUUCAACGAAUAAUUAGACCAAAAUCGCCAUUACACACAUCCGAAACGUUCAAGUGACUCAAUCGAUUGGCUUUCUUUUUUCAAAUCGAAUAAUUUCUCAGUGUGGUGUGUGUGUCGAGUGUGUCUCCUUGCUUUAAUUUUUUUGGCAUAAACUUAGUGGGGACAUAUCUAACGAGUGUGUUACGUGUUGGACGUGUGUAUGUGUUGGUGUGUGUGUGUGUGUGUCUAUGGUGUUGCAGUGUGUGUGUCUCUGUGUCGACUGGAAUCUGGCCAAAAGCAAGCCGAGUCUCGUGUCUUGGGAUUAUUGCACAAUUUAAGACUUACCACUUCACUACAAAUACUUACUACAUAGCCCGGUGUAUUACUCAGCCGCCAUCAUUUGUGUGGAUCUUUUUGAACUUGGCAUGCAGGUUGAUUUGGAUACAGCAUGAAAAAAGAUGUUGACAAAAGAUUGAGCAGCAGGCAAUCGGCUAGACCGGAGCAGGAGCCUCAACGGAUGUGGAGCUAAGCGCGGGCAGCCAAUAAGAUUAUUGGUUGCGUGCGGAGUAAUGUCGGAGGUGCUGCCUCCGAAACGUCAGGCGGCCGUGGAUCGACUGCGGAGGCGAGUCGAAGUCUACACCAAGGAUCAUCAAGAUCGAUUUAUGCACUAUGAGCGAAUCGGACCAGCUUUGUGCGAACAGCAAAUGCAAGAGUCGUUUGCAUUGAAGCAAAAGUAUCUCGACCCCAAAGCCAAAAAAACGAGUAGCAAUAGUAAAAGCAAUAAAAGCAGCAGCGGCGGAAAUAAUAACAACUCCACUAGUAGUACUACUAGUAUCAGUAGCGGUGGUGGCCCGUCCAACACCGAACGUCAAAAACCGGCUACGGAGCCGACUCACGCCGGCAACACGCAGUCGAAUAAGUACGGGAAGCGUCCGCUGGACGAGAGCGGCGAUGGAGGAGGGAGUGAGUCCAGCGGGAUGAACGGAUCAUCCCAGCAGCAACAAAAUCAAAAUCACUCCUCGUCGUCGUCCGGUGACGGCCCACCGGCCGCCAAGAUCCAGUGCACGACAACGACGACGGCCAGCUCAUCAGCGACGGCCUCUGGUGGAGGCCCUGCGAAAUUCUCGGUCGAAAUCGUCCAGCAACUCGAGUUCACCGCUAGUGCCAGUGGCGCUACCAGCGUCUCUGUCAAGACGCUCACCAACACAUCCGUCAAGAGCGAGACUCAGGUGUCGCCAUCCAACGGACAAGAUGGGCCACCCGAAAUGAAAAAGGAGAAACGUUGCGACACGCCCGAUUUUAUGGCCGAAUUGAACGGUGAUUCGGACGAAACGGCUGCUGAUUUAGCGAAUUUGGAACGCUUCAUUUCGGAAGACACAUCGGAUGGCAUCAUCAAUGCGGACACGUUCAAAGAUCUGAUCUCUGAGAUACACGACCUGCCUCCUGAAUUCAUGGAGGAUUUCGAUUUCGACACGACAGACACGAAUAUCAAGAGCGGUGUAGGUGUAGGAGGGCUGUUGUCCGAUCCGUUUGGCGCACCUUUGAUAAGCGAUGGAUCUCGGACGGUCGACUCGAUCGUCUCACGACUCAAACAGGAAGAGGUUGAAGCAGCCGACCGAGAAAUUCAGGCAGCCAUGCUGGAUAUUGGCAAAUCGAUGAGCAUGAACGCCCAGUCGAGUAAUAGUUCAAGUAGUUGCAACAACACGUCGUCAUCCAUCUUGAGUACGACGAGUAUAACAACAUCCAGUUGCAGUACGGCCACGCUAUCGUCGACAACCGGAGCGUUUAAUAACAACACCAUUGGUGCGCCAGCUGGAUCGUUUGUUGAUUCGACGAAAAGUAACAACACCCCGCCCAUCGCUCAACAACAUCAACAGCAGCAAAGGACGGUCGACAACAAUAAUGGCGCCGCCAGCGGUAUGAAUAAUAGGCAAAUGCCGCAGCCGUUUGGUGUCAAUUCCGGAGGUCCGGAAUUGAGUCCGGCUGCAUUGACGUUGAAGCAAAUGGCGGAACAGCAUCAACACAAAGCCCAAAUGGGCAUGACUCCGGCAUCGAUGAAUCAAGCCUCGACGGGUCUUUCGGCUCCUCCAACAAUGGCCAAUCAAGGCGCACCUUUAGUUCCUCCUCAUCAUCCGCCUGUCGUUAAUAACAUGCGGAUGCGGGGCAACUUUCAAGAGCAACAGCAUCAACAGCAGCCUCAGCAACAGCAGUACAACAAUGCAUCCGCACAAGGUCCAACUCAGCAACAGCAGCAACAGCAACAAGCUAAUCAGUUUAUGAAUCGAGCACCCUACACCGGUCAAGGUGGUUAUGGUCCCAAUAGUCCGAUGAUUAAGAAGGAAAUGCCCUACUUUGCCAAUUCACCGCUGGGAGGAAACAGCCCUGGACCUGGACGGCCAGUACAGCAGCAUCAGCAAGGUAUCCCUGGUAGCCAACAACAGCAUCAAGUCCCCGGUGCCAAAUCAUCACCUGUUCCAAUGAGCCAAACAAGUCCCAUGGGACCACCUACCCCUCAGCAAAUGCAGCAACAACAACAACAGCAGCAGCAGCAAUUUAACGCUCGCAAAGCACCUACACCGACGAGUACAACUACAAGUAGUAAUACGAGUAGCACUAGUGGUCGGACACCUCCACCGUCGGCUGCUGCUUCGGCUAGCGUCCAAUUUAGCCAAACUCAACAGCAACAGAUGCACAUGAGCAGCGGUGGCAACAACAACGGACAACAAAUCCAGAUGGCUGCGUCUCAUCACAUGCAAAUGUCGGCGGAUGUCAAAGUCAACGCCGGUAUGGCCAACAUGCAAAUGAGGCAACAGCAGCAUAUGGUACAGCAGCAGCAGCAGCAGCAGCAAUCGAUGUUUUAUCAAAAUCAAACGGCGUCUGCGACCGUUCAACAGCCGUCUGGAGCGCAGCAACAACCUCAAGCGCAAGUUGUGCAACAACAACAAGCGCAGCAACAACCAGGAAUGGAGAACUCCUACACUUACUCGGCCAGUCAAACGCAAACAAUCAAUUUUACACAACAACAUUUGAGAGCCAAUACGAGAAUGCCAGCCUCUCUGAGCGUCCAGCAACAAGCGGCGCAACAACAGCAACAAGCUAUGCAACAACAGCAAGCCCAACAACAGCAACAGAUGAUGCGAAUGCAGAUGAUGCAACAACAGCAGCAACAUCAACAACAGCAACAGGGAAUGACGCGUCCACCUCCACCCGAUUACAAAACGCCAAUGAUGGCCGGUGGAAUUUCGACACCCGGUGGAGUUGUGGCUGCUGCUGUUGUACCCAACCAACAACAGCAACAACAGCAACCUAAUGUGAUGAUGGGCCAACAGCACAUGGGUAUGAUGACUGCUGGUAAUCAACAGCAACAGCAAGGAGUGGUAGGGGGAGGAUAUCCACCGGCCAUCCGGCCAGGUAUCCGACCAAUGGUGGCCGCUCAAGCGGUAGCGGUUGGACGACCGUCUCCCAAUGGAAACACGUCCCCAAUGCUCCAGCAGCAGCAGAUGCAACAGCAGCAACGGCCCAUGAUGAACUAUCCUCAACAACAGGUUCAACAACAGCAACAACCUCAGGGCAUGAUGGGUAUGAACAACAUGGGAGGCUACGGUGGCGGUGGUGGUAACAACAUGAUGAUGAAUCGGCCGCAGUACAACAACAAUAGUGGGGGUGGAAACCCAAUGGUGAGAGCUCAACGGCCGCCAAACGUGACGGUCGGUCCUGACGGGAUGAAUGCCUGGAGGCAACAGCAAAUGGCGGCUAUGCAACAACAACAACAGCAGCAACAGCAAGUCCAACAGCAGCAGCAGGUUCAACAACAACAGCAAGUUCAACAGCCUCAACAAGCUCAGCAAAUGGCUCGUUUUCAGCAGCAGCAACAACAGCAAGCUGCCGCCAACAACCCCAACAACAUUCGAAUGCAGCAGCAAACGUACAUGCAACAGCAGACGUCGUACAUGCAUGCUGGAAAUCAGGGACAAAACAUACAACAGCAGCAGGUGACUUUGACUAUGCAACAACAGCAGCAGCAGCAAAUGCUCCAUUCGCAAAAUAUGGGCAACGCGAUGAUGCAGCAGAAGAUGCAAAUGACAAGUAUGCAAAUGCAGCAACAGGGAGGCAUGCAACAACACAUGCGAGUAUCUCAACAACAACAGCAGUUUAGCCAAGCACAGCAAUUUGCGCAGCAGCAGCAGUUCAAUCCCAAUCAACAACAACAGCAAUUUGCUCAGCAGCAACAACAGCAUUUUAACAAUGCGGGCCAGCAACAACAAUUUGCCAGUCAAUCUCAACAACAGUUUGCAGCAGCCCAGCAGCAACAGUUUAAUCAACAGUCCCAGGCCGGCGGUAUGGGCCAGCAGGCAACUAUGCAGCAGCAGACACCUCAACAACCGCAACAACCUCAACAGCAGCAGCAAUUUAACAACUCUCAACAAGCCGCCAACAAUAGUGGUGUCGGUGGUGGUGUCAGUUCAAGUAACAACAGUGACUUCAGUUUGGAAUUUUUGGAUAAUAUUUCCGGCGAUAAUGGCGGUCAGUUUGGCACAGAUGCUCAGGAGCUGCUCAAUUCCUUUGACAAUGGAGUGGGUUUCAGCUUAUUGGACACGUUAUAAAAGGGUUGUUAUUUCUUCCGUUGUGUGUGUGUGUGUGUGUGCGCGACCACCUGCCCGUCCAUGAUUUUUACUUCUUCCUAUUGACAAUUUACAUGGUGGUGUUGCGCGCGCGAACACCUGCACCACCCAAAACAAAAACAAAAAAGACUACAACCAAAUGAAAAAACACAAUUUAUACGACGAAAGUGUGUGUGUCUGUGUGACUGCGCGUGUGUGUGUGUGUGUGUCUUGAAAAGCUCGGUGACACGUAGCAUAUUAGCCUCUCUUUCUCUCCUCGUUGACUUUAUACUCUCUCGUGUUGAUCCGCUCUCAUCUCAUAUCCAUAAAGACAAAAUGUAUGGCAAGUUCCUUUAUUUCGGUUUUCCUCAAAAGAGAGCCAAAAGAAUACCGUUUCUUCUUUUUUUUUUUUUUUUCACGAUGAUGAUAUACACACUAUAUUGUAUUUUGGGGGGGGUGGACGGAGAGAGAGAAGAGGAAUUAUAAACAAUUCUUCUCAACUCAAAUAAUUCGAAAUUUUUUCCUCCUCCAUUCUCAAAUUGGCUCUAAAAGUCGACUACAAGACGACUGACGAUACACAUAUUAUAAUUUUGUCUUUCUCUCUCUCUCUCCUCUUGUCCUCGUUUUGAAUUGAAUUUGAUACUACUACCGUGUUUUUCUUCAUUUUCCCCUCGCUCUUGAUUUAUAUAUUUCCCCUAGAACGGCCCCCCUUCUGAAACCAAUCAAAUCAAACUGUGCGUUGUUGUUUAUCUUUUUUAAAAAAUAAGUUUUUUCUUUUCAAGCGAAAGUACGACUUUGUGGGGUUUUUGCUGGGAAUUGACGAUGUUCUUCUCAAUUUCCUCAUGUCCCUUCUUACUCCUGCGCUCCCGAAAAUAUGAAACCAAAUCUUCAAUUCUUUCCUAUUCCCCCAGAUUUUCUUGAAACAAUUCGGUUUGUCGCGCACACAAAUUCUCAAGUCGAAAAUCACUACAGAAAAUGAUCAAAACAGUGCCAGUAUACCUCCUCCUUUUUUUUCUUCCGACUUCACCUUACAACACCGACAACUUUUCACAACAACGCCUUCCUCCUCCACCGACAUUCUUACCGGAAUUUCCACCUCCUUUUCGAAUCCACUCUCCCGAAUCCGAUUUACAUAAUUCCCCCCUCUUUUUUUUUCGAUGAUCGAACGAGCUGUGUGUAUAUUUUUUUAUACUCUCGCGCCAAAACAAAAUAAUGUUGUUCUGAAUUAUGCAAUAUACAUGUUAAAUGACCAA